CAGGAGUGAAACGACGGAUCAUGUGUGCGAAGCUACUGACGACCGUUGUUGCUCUGCUGACCGCUCCUCAACUCGCGAGCGGCUCGGGUCGGAGGCCCAUCUACAACAUUUACCACAUGACGAACGCCAUCUGGCAAGUGGACGAAGGCAUGGAGCUGGGAGCGAACGCCAUCGAAUCUGACGUCACCUUCGACAACAACGGUACCGCACUAUGGUUCUUCCACGGCGUGCCGUGCGACUGCGCCCGCUGGUGCGAGCGUUACGAAGAAGUGCCGGCGCUUCUGCGGUAUCUCCGACGGACCACGGACGGGGGCAUCUACGAAAAGAGCCUUGCACUUCUCUUCUUGGAUCUGAAGACUUCUAGUCUCUAUUCGGACAAAAAGUACAAUGCGGGCGUCGACAUCGCGAAUAAGCUUCUGAAUCAUCUCUGGCUUGGAGUCCCUGUCAAGAGGGCGUUGAACGUUCUCCUGUGCGUACACAGCGUGGGCGAUAAGGAACUAUUCCGGGGAGCCAUCAAAACCAUCCAUCGCCAAAGGCCCGAGAUGAUCGAGAAGAUAGGAUUCGACGUCAGCAACAACGACGAGCUGGACACCAUCGGAAACAUGUACCGGGAACUCGGCAUUGAAGGCCAUCGGUGGCAAGGGGACGGUGCCACGAACUGCUUGUCUUUCCUGCGAGCGACGGGGAGGAUGAACAGCAUCGUCAAAAACCGCGACGCUGGAGAAGCAUCUAGCUACGUCGACAAAGCUUACCAGUGGACCAUCGACAUCCCUGAUCAGCUCCGGCUGUCGCUAAGGCGAGGCGUGGACGCCAUAAUCACAAACAAGCCGGACCGUCUGGCGAGCGUUCUCAAGGAGAACGAAUUUAGAAGCACGGUGAGACUCGCCAACGCCUCGGACAACCCGUGGACUCGCUUCGGAUGCCGCUACAACUGCGACAGGAUUCCCUUCGUUUCGGGGGACGCUGCUGACGACGACGAUGGAGUCGCUUGGGCCGGCGUGCCCGCAGCAGAAUGAGUGCGUACGGUCAUAGGCG